AUGGCACGUCGCUCUUUGACGCUUCAGCAUUCUGGAGGCAUACUUUCCCCUACUGCAAAGACAGAUGCAGAAGAAUUGAUAGGGAGCAGCCUGAAGAAGCUGCGCCCCAUAACUUCGAUACGUCCUCCCCGUUCACGACCUGUUGCUUGGGUGGAUCGCAGACAGCAUGUGAGUGAAGUUCGCACAGCCCAGAUGGAUUUGGGAUGGGACAUGGAGGGUCACAUGCCCGACCUCUCGUAUGCAGCGCCUGGCUUUCUGUCGCAGGCCCACUUGCGCUCUGAGGAAUAUUGGAAGGAUCUUCUGGGCAUUGAUGAUGAAAACAUUGCAGCAUUUCACUUUAUCCAGAGCGAUUUUUGUGGUAAGUUCAUGGCUGCCUGCAUCAUCGUGUUUGUUUUAGUGGUGGGCCAUCAUGACACUGAUGAACUUCCGAAAUGGGGAGCAGAGCUGGUGCACGGCAUCUUGGCCAUAAGUUUAAUCGAGGUUACUCUGCAUAUAUGCAACCACUACCAGGGAGCUCAGUACAAGAAGCCGGAAGAUAGGACCAUCCUGACGCUGGAUACCAUCGCUGUGGUUGUGUCCUGCUGCGAGAUCUGGAUCUUCCCAGUAGUAGUGGGUCCGAGCCUUCACUUUUCGCGGAUGGUUUGGCUCAUCCGCUUCCUGCGUGUCAUCAGCAUGAUUCCGUCUCUGCGAGAACUGACCCUAGGCGUGCUGGAUGCGCUCCAAGGCCUGUUCUGGGUGCUCAUGUUCCUUUUCAUCUUCGUCUACGCCCUUGCCGUAGUGUUGACACGGAUGAUCGGGCAUCGUGAGCGCAGCAAGGAUCCAGAUGUACAAGAGGUACAGGACAUGUUCUCCAACGUGGGCAAUAGCAUGUUCUACCUCUUCCAGCUUACCAGCCAAUGGAGUUUGGUGCCCCUCUUCCCUCUCCUCAAAGCUUCCCCAGCCACCUGUGUUGGCUUCACUCUCUUCUAUAUCUACUCAGGAUGGGUCAUAGUGGCCGUCAUGACUGGGACGGUGAGCUUCACAAUGAUCUCCUUCAAAGCCCGCAUGGUUCAGGAGGAUGAACUUCGAGAGGAGGAAAAAAGGGUCUUCGUGAAGCAGGUGCUUGAAGACAUCUUCCUUGCGCUCGAUGAGGACGGGAAUGGUGAACUCAGCUAUGAGGAGUUCCAGGCCCUACUUCGAUCCAAGGAGGUCCUACUCCUCCUGUCUGACAACACUGACAUCAAGAUCCAAGACCUGGAGGACAUGUGGCAGUGGAUAGAUACGGACAAGAGCGGUUCGGUGACCAUUGCGGAGUUCUUUGAAGGGUUUGAGAUGCUGAACGAGCCCUUCCGGCAAAAGACCCUCCUGAAGGUGCAAGAGAGGGUAUCUGGGGAGAUUCAGAUAACCCAGAAGCGGCUGCGGGAGCUUGCGAUGGAGAGCCUGGAUGUCUGCUGCCACAACAUCUACACACCCAUGAACAAGAUCCAUGCAGUCCUGGAGCAGGUGCAAAUUCAGCUUCUCACUGCCCUCAGGCUAAAACACCAGGUCGGCCUUGUGCCUGUGAACUCACAGACAGAAGAGGAUGCCACCCUGGCCGAAGUUCUGAUUGGAGCCGGGCUGCAGGUGCCCGAGGUUGCCAAUUCCCUGGCCAGCAUUGAAGCCCGUCUGGAGAUGCAGAUGCUGGAAGCGGUUGAGCGAAUCAACAACUUUCGGGCAGUGAAGACCCAACGGCAGCUGCGCUGGUCGCAGACCUCAAGCGCUCUGUUCUGA